CAUCGUAAACAAUGAAAGUGCUUUUGUACAAAAUAAUUUGCUCUUUAUUAAUAUGGGGUUAUUAACUAGAACUCGAUUUGUUUGAGCGAUAAUAGUAUUGAAAAAUAUUAUUUAUAAAUUCGUUAUAUAUUUCCAUAUAGUGAUAACUUUAAAAUAUCGUUUAAACAUGUACAAAGAAACGUUAAAUUUGGAAGAGAAUGUAAACAAAUCGAGGGAGAUUUUAACUCCAUAUAAAAUUGCUAUUGCUUUACUAGUUAAAGCAUAUUGCUCUACAAAUUCCAGAGAAAAAUCAAUUCAAGAACGUCGUGAUUUCUGUAUAGUCAUGUUGAAGCUAAUCCAAACACCAGAUGUUGACUUUAGCAUGUUACUAUCAAUGCUUUAUUCUAAAAAUCAUACUCUCAAAAGAUUUGCAAGUGAAUUAGAAGCUGAAUGUGUUGUUAUAUGUAAAACUGGAAUUGAAGGAUUGAUGGAUUUAUUUGAUGUGCUAACAAGACUCAUGAAACCUCCUCUUGAUACUUCAGUUGGGCCUCAUUUACUCUGUAGAAACUCUGUUCUUGGAUUAUAUAUCAGAAGAAUAAACAUGCUCUUUGAACAACUAUCAUUUUCUGAAGGAGCUCAACUUUAUGAUUCAUUUGUAAAAGACUUUGAACAAAGUAUUAUUCGUUUCACCAAGUUUCAGAAUUCACAGUUUAAAGAUAAUGUUAUAAAAAAAAUAAAUAAUAUGAACGUUUGGGAUGAUCGAAGAGCAGAGUUAUUGGUCGCUCAGCAAGCAGAAAUUUUACAGAUUAAUGAACAAAAAGCUCUUCCACCUGCAGAAUUACAGGCAUUGAUCUAUGAGCUAUUGAAUUUCAAUCCUCAAUAUGCAGAAGCUCAUUAUUUAAGUUAUUUAAAUUGUCUACGAGUCAAUGAAUAUUGUGGAGCAUUAGACAGUCUUCAUCACUGCUUUGAUCAAUUUUUACCCAAUAGUAGUCGAAUAACAUCGGAUGAUAAAUCUCGUACCUUUCGAUAUGCAGCACUGAAUUUAGCAGCUCUGCAUGCACAGUUUGAUCAAAAAAAAGUCGCUCAAUCUGCAUUAAGAGAAGCUAUCAUGAUGGCUCAAGAAGCGGGUGAUAAUGUCUGUCUACAAUUAACACACGCAUGGAUUCAUUACCUUUCUAAUCAAACCAAGCCAUAUUUAAUAGAACGUUCAAUAGGAAAAGCUUGUACUCUUGGAAUUACGCAUACAAUGAGUUUAGGAUUGAUUGCAUCGGCACAUUAUUCAGCAUUAGAAUCAACAAAGCCUACUACAGUUUUUGAAACUCUUAUGAAAUCUGAUGUUCUAAAUUGUCAACAUUCAAUGUUAGACUUAAUGUCAAUGGCAUAUGCUGAAAAGUCUGCCUUAUGGGCUUACUAUGGCAAAGUACAAAUGUCAAUAAUAUGUUCUCAAAUAUUAUUACUCUAUAAUUCUGGAAGUAGGAAACAAACAUUAUUUAAUGGAGGAUCUACUUGUCAAGCUGUGAUGAAUGUUGCUAAUGUUCUUGCUGAUAUGGGUGAAUAUAAAUUAGUUAAUGUAAUAUUAAAUCAUGCAAAAGAAAGGUUUCCAACAGAACCAAGUAAUAAAAUUUGGAUGCUAAGCGAACAACUUAUUGAAUUUACAAAAUUUAUGAGAAAUCAGAAAUUGAAUGAUGCUGAAACUAUUGCUAUGCAAAUUUCAAGUUUAGAUAAUCUUGAAAGUAAAUUUCGUUUAGCUGAAGUUUCUUUAGCAAAAAAAGACUACUCCAGUGGAUUAAAUUAUCUUAAUAAUUUAAAACGAAUUAGUAAACCAUUAACAGCUCAAGACCAAAUAAGACUUAUAAUUCUCACUAGUCAACUGAUAGAUUCAGCUGUCAUGGGAGCUAAUGGACUUGCUAGUAUCAAAUCUUUGAUACUUUUAAACCAUGCUUUAGAAAUUGCUUCAAAUAAUCAUCUAUCGUACUGGGGGAGUAUAAUAAAAGUACAUCUUGCUAAAGUUCAGCUAAUGAUGGGUAUGCCAAAACAAGCAUUGUGUUUGGUUGAUGAAGCGAUCAUAAACAUUUUGACACAUGGAAGUUUAUAUGAUCAAGGUGAAGCUCUUACUCUACAUGCAGAAUGCUUAGUAGCAGCAUCAUUCCUUACUGCAAAACAACGUACCACUGCUAUACAGGGAGCAGUAAAAUCUCUCCUAAGGGCUAAUGAGUGUUUUAGUAAAAUUGAAGCUUUUAAUAAAAUGAAAACUACUAUGUAUACUCUAGCUGUCAUGUAUAAUGAGUUAGAUAUGAAAGCUGAACGCAAUCAAUGUGCUUUUGAAUUUAAAAAACUCAAUGAACAAUGAUGUAAUAACUUAUUGUUCUUCAGUGAUGGUUUUUAUUAACCAUAAUUGCAUAGAAUAUGUAGAUUUAUUUUUCUACAUUAAAUAAAGAUUGGUGUGGAGGAUUAUGUAAUUUCUUGAAAUAAUUUCAAUCAAAUCAAGGUAAAAUUGAACAAUAAAAAAUCUUUUUU